AUGCCCGCAACCGCGACUGAUGGUCAGACAGAGAACGAUGCUCGAAUAUCUACCGCCGAGCAACGCGAGUACUGGGCCCAGCAAUCCGUGGACGACAAUGGCAUGCUCGGCGGCUUCGCGCACGUAUCUCGCGUGGACAUCCAGUUUUCUCGCAAUUUCAUGUCCAAGCUCCGCCGGCUCCAUCCGGUCUCGGUGGACGGAAAAUCCUCGUUAACCGGCAGCCCCAACCAGAAAACGACAAAGUACCCCUUCCGGUAUUGUCUCGAAGCUGGGGCGGGGAUUGGGCGGGUAACGCGAAACUUGCUGGCCUCGAUAUGCGAGAAAAUCGACGUUGUCGAGCCGAUCGAGAAAUUUACCGCCAUGCUAACCGCGUCGGACUCGCCGCUGAUCCAAUCUGGGCAGCUGCGGCGUGUCUAUAAUGUGCCUUUACAGGAGUGGACGGCGGAGUCAAUCCUCACGGACGACUUCACAGUCCAGAACGAGGGCCGGUAUGAUCUAGUCUGGAACCAAUGGUGUCUCGAUUACCUCUCAUCCCCUGAUCUGGUCCGCUACCUCAAGCAGUUGAUCCAUUUGCUCGCACCAGACGGCUAUAUCAUCGUGAAGGAGAAUCUCUCCACGGCUGCGGGCGGGGAAGACAUAUUCUGGGAGGAGAACAGCAGCAUCAGCCGUAGCGAUCGGCAUUUCAGGGAGUGUUUCGAGCAGGCCGGGCUGAUGAUUGUGAAGACACAGCUGCAAACCGGGUUCCCGAAGACGUUGCUGCCUGUAAGGAUGUACGCACUGAGGCCGACGUCCUGA